AGGCUACUAAUGCGCUAAUGCUACAAUCCAUCCAUCCCUCCUCCUUGAUGCAGACGAAAGUGGAUGUGGAUGUAAACAUCGUCGAUAAUAGGCGUUAUGUUGCUACAUAACCAUACGUUCAGACAAUUAGCGCCAUUAUCAUUCAUUCCGAUCUAAUCAGUGCAAUUGCCCACUUGUCAUCGCCGUAAUGCACCAUUCCGAUGGGGGAUGCUCGCACAAAACAAGUGUUCCGUCUGUUUGCCAGACGCUUGACGAAUUGGACUUUCAGAAGGGUGUUUGGGGUGCAGCCGUUGACGGAGACUAUGAGAAGUUGCACAAACUUCUUCAGAAAGGAAAUGAUCCCAAUUCACAGGAUUCAUAUGGCUACACAGCUCUCCAUUAUGCGUGCAGACAGGGAUACUCGCAACUUGUUGAACUGUUGCUGACAAAAGGAGCAGAUGUCAAUAAGCAGACCAAAGGGGGUGCAACGGCACUUCACAGGGCAGCAUACAAAGGCCAUCUAAAGUGUGUGCAGCUGCUGCUUGACAAGAAUGCAGACUCUAUGUUGACAGAUAGUGAUGGAAAAACUGCACUUCACAAGGCUGCUGAGAAUGGACAUGAGAACGUGUGCAGUGUGUUACUGAAGAAGUGUCCAAGUCUCCGGAACAUAAAAGACCAGCAUGGCAGAACCCCCCUGGAAUGUGCUGCAUCGUAUAAUCAAGAAUUAGUAAGAAUUUUGACGUGAUGUGUCAGUAGGGCAGUGUUUUGAGUUCUCCUUUACAAACUCUCACCAUGGAAUGACCUCACUAUGACUCUCACCAUCAAAAGGAAAGGUGCAGUAGCGUUCUCUGUGUCACAGGGACAUAGUUCAAAGCUAAGGAAUUUCCCGUAGUGAUUCCUCUUUGGUGAACAUAUUUCUGUCUUUAAGUUUUCGUCUUAUGAAUGAAUGCACUGAUGAAAUGCCCUUGAUGAAUAGUGUUGAAUGCAUACUCAUCUGGAAUAGUGUUCAAUGUCACCUCACCACUCAUCAGGUGAAAUAUAUGUAUAUAUAUUCAUACACUGUAAUAGAACUCCUUCACAGUAUGAGCAGGUGUUUCUUACAAUCUGUAACAGAAAGCACAUAUAGGCAAAAUACUUAACAGGCUUAGCUUGUGGUGCAAAUGUAUGUAGUCUAGAUUUAAUGAUUGUAGUGAGUUAUAAGGCUGUGUGUUAAAUCGCAAUGGGGAAUCAACCUGAUGCAAAAACAGGUUGAAGAUGCUAUUUUUAGAAGAAAAAAAUGAACCGUCACCUUUUUACACAACUGGAGCUGUAACAAAACAAAACAGUGGUUUUUUGGUUAGUACAAUAUUUGAUGAAUGUUAAGAGAACAUUACAAGAAAAAUGAAGGCUUUGGGGGUAUUUUUUUGGUUAUUUGGUUAUUUUUUGGGGCUUUUUUUCUUUUUCCUGUGCAUGUAACACGUUGAUCGGAACUCAGACUUUGUGCCGAAGCGCCUGCAAGCCAUGAACCACAUCUUGACAUGGAUGGCUGCUACAUAAUUAAUGUGCAAUGUCAUUUUAACCGAGAUGAGGUGCAAACAGUGCCCACGGAAUAAGGAAUGUUAUUUAUAGUAGUUACAUUCAGAGGCAGUGCAAAUCCAUUAAUCAGGAAUAGUUUUGUCUUCUGUAGAUAUGACCAAAUGGGUUAUCCGAUCUGUAAGCUCACUACGCAGGUACUGAAUAUGAACAGUAUCCUACGUACUUAAGCAGAACCCAGAACUCGUUCAGUUCUAUGCUCCGACGUGUAACCUCCAUGACGGGUCAAGCAUUAUGUUACAUUGUUUAUUUUUCUCAGAAAACAUGAUUGUAGCCACACUGCAGUCAUACCAAAGAGAUUCCCUAAAGUACAUCCAUGCUUCACUUCUAAAAAAAAAACAUGAAGCAUAGUUAAAAGAGUUCUGCAUACGGUCACAAAAAUAGUCUCCAGCUGCAACAAAUGGCAACAACGCAUGUCAGUAGUUGAAGAGGUAACACUUCGAUACAGUGCAAACCACAACGUCAUACUUUGUACAAAAAUAUUCAGCCACAACCCAUGCUGCCCAUUUAAUCCUCUUGGAGGACACAAGCAGCGAACAAGUUAGUUACAGUAGAUCAUUUUAAUGAUUGAAGAUGAUGCUUCGCAUAAAAUAAUUUAGCAGGUCUGCUUCACUUGCAGCCAGAGUCCACUCCGAUAAAAAGGCAAAACUUGGAGAUGCUGUUUAAGAUUCCAUCAAAGUCGUCUUUGCUUAGCUCCACCUGCUUAACUUGACUGAGAUUGAUCCUUUCUAUAAUCACGGAUGAGGUGAUAACGUUCGCAUAUUAUAUGUUUCAAUCGACAAGCACCCAGAUAGGAGAUUUGCGCAUGGAGGGAAAGGCACAACACCGGUUUUGUACCCACAGAGUUUGCUAAAAUAGUUCAGGACUCCAACGAUCAUUUAAUAGUCUAAAACCCUUCAAUUUUGUGGCCUUCCUUUCUUUUUUUACUAGACGUAUACAGGGUACGUAUUUGCGGCAACUAAAUUUCAUGAGUUCUGGAUGCUAAAGUUUUUGCGUUCAUUGGUGAUAAGCCAGAAGCUCCUGUUCCGCCGUUGGGUGAAAGUAGCAUUGCACAUGCUUGCUACUAAUAACCUGUACAACCAACUGUGAAAAUAAAGUCUGCAAUUAGAGCUUA